CACACAGCUCGAUUGAUAGAUCUUCCAGCACUCAGCUUUUGAGCAAAUCUCUCGUUACGGUAGUAUGGCCCAGGAAGCGCCAAUCCAGGAUACCAAGCAAGUGAAAGAGCUGCCAAGCGAGGAGAAGGAGGAGCUCGACCAGGCCGCGCGAGAGGGCCAGACGGUGGUGGCGGGAGGGACCGGUGGGAAGAGCUUGGAUGCCCAGGUCCGUCUCGCCGAAGGACGUCACAAGGGUGGCGAGUCUCGCAAGCAGCAAAUGGGCACCGAAGGGUACCAACAGAUGGGACGCAAGGGCGGGCUGAGCACCAUGGACAAGUCCGGCCAGGAGCGUAUGGAGGAAGAGGGCAUUCCAAUCGACGAGUCCAAGUAUAAAACCAAGAGUUAGAGAUCAUAUAGCUCCGAACACUAAUCACUCUCUCUCUUUCUCUUUAUAUGUGAUCUUUACAUAGAUUCUCUGCAGUCUACUUUCUGUAUGUUAGAUUCUCUGCAGUCUACUUCUCGUAUGUGAUCUUACUUAGAUUCUUUGCAUUCUGCUUUUCGUAUGUAAUCUCUUAACUAGCUAUGGAAGUUCUUGGUGAAAGUCCAAAA